UGGGGAAGGGACGACCAAGAGACCAAGAAAGAACAAGUUGAUAAAAAGGAAAAAAAAGAAGACAAGAAAAAGAUCAUGAUGCCAAAGCUGGUGCGCAGACCCACCCGCUCCCUCUACCUGUGCCUGGCCGGUCUGUCCCUGGCGCUGCAUCUCUUCCUGGUUUUCUUCUGCGUCACGGUGCUCCAGACGGCCUGCGUACCACCACAAUCCUCUUCCUCCUCCUCUGCAUCAGUCCAAACAGCAGCCAUUCAAAACACAAAGCCCAACAGCAGCACGAUUCAAGAUAAAGCUACAAACCUGAGCCGGCCGGACAGGAAAUUAGAGGAGGAUCCGAAGGUCAGAGGUCGCUCCAAGCUGGACGAGUUGUUUAAUCACCCGCUGUACAAUCUGUCACAUCCCGAGCUCCAAGAAGAUGAUUGGCUGCUGAGGGUGAAGGCAGAGGAAGAGGAAGAGAAAAGUGACAACCUAAAUGACAGUAAUUUGGAAAGUAAUUGGGAGAGUGCCAGUGUGGAGGAGGGCUACGAGAAGAUAAGCUGGACCAAAGAUGCCCACACACACCCCCCGUGGCUGCGCUUCCACCUGGGCAUCACGCGCUGGCAGCUGUACGACCGCAGGGACCCGGUUCUGGAGCAGCUCUUGCAGUACCUGGCAACGGAGCGUAUCCUCGGAGCGGUUCAGAAAUCAGGAGGCACGCAGCUAAAGUUGGUGAUUUCAUUCCCCAACUAUGGACAGGCUCUGCUCAAACCCAUGAAACAGUCCAGAGAUGCAGAGACGGACCUCAACCUGUUCUACUUCUCCGACUUUGAGAGACACAACGCAGAGAUCGCCGCUUUUCACCUGGACAGAGUACUCGGCUUCAACCGGAUCCCCCCAGUGGUCGGGAGGCUCAUUAAUGUUACCACAGAAAUCCGAGAGAUCACCACUGACCGCAAGCUGUCUCGGACCUUCUUCAAGUCUCCUGUGGGUAACGUGUGCUUCUACGGCCAGUGCGAGUACUACUGUUCCACGGAGCACCCGGUCUGCGGUCGUCCCCACGCUCUGGAGGUGUCCCUGGCCGCAUUUUUGCCCGAUCUCGACCUGGCCCCCCGCAGGUCCUGGAGGUCGCCGUGGAGACGCUCCUACAGUCGCACCAAGCUGGCACAGUGGGAGAAGGACCCAGACUACUGCGACACAGUGAAGAAGACUCCUCCAUAUGACCAGGGCACUAGACUGGUGGAUGUCAUCGAUAUGGCUAUACUGGACUUUCUCAUGAGUAACAUGGAUAGACAUCACUAUGAGACGUUUGAAAAAUUUGGGAACAAAACAUUUCUGCUGCAUCUGGACAAUGGGCGAGCGUUCGGUCGCCACUCCGUAGAUGAGCCGUCAAUCCUCACUCCUCUGAAACAGUGCUGCAGGAUCCGGCGCUCCACCCUUCUGCGCCUGCAUCUCUUGUCCCUUCCCAGCUUCCGUCUGUCAGAUGUGCUGCGUGAGUCUCUGUCCCAGGACCCUUUGUCGGUUGUGGCCCCUCUGCUCUCAGAAGCCCACCUGUCUGCGCUGGACCGCCGCCUGGACACGGUUCUGAAAGCUGUUCACCAAUGUCUGGACAAACACACAGAUGUUGUUUAUAAUGACAUGGAAGAUACGGGUCAGAGCAGUGACUGGAAAACACUGUGAUAAUAAAGGACAAUCCCCACCCCGACCACACACACAAAAUCAUUUUUAGUGACAGUUUAGCUUUACUUACGUUGGAUUUAAAACCUGACUUUCCUAUGUGUACACCUUGUAGAUCAGACAAC